GAUUGACCCCCAUCAGGUUCUUAAUCCAGCGAGAACUAUAUACUAUUACAACCGACGACCAGCAUUUAUUUCAGAGUGACAUCAAUAUAUUAGGGAUUUCUGUAGGAGGAGGAAGAAGAAGAAGCAGCAGAAAAGAGUGAAGGUCCGACAUUUCCCUGAUCAUGGACCCCUCAUCUUUGCGGCGACUGCUGCCAGCGGGGAUCGAGAUCCUUGGCACCCAACAGCAGCAGCAGGACCAGCGCCAUCUGCUGCACCAAUUCCCGGAUGAGAUGUGGACGGCGUUGAGUCGACUGUGCUGCGACACCAAUUCGGAAUUGCAUCAAGUUUCUGCUGCGGAUGGGCGGAUUGUCGUUGCCCUCGCCGAUUCGGUGAACAUCAUAGAGGAGACGUCCGGAUUUGGAGAUGAAGAAGAAGAGGAGGAAGAAGAAGAACAUGGCCGAGAACUGAAGAAACUGGAUGAUUCCGUAUUUUCAUCAGGAGGAGGUCAGGACAUGCAGCAGCAACAGCACCACAUCAUUAAGCUCGGCCCCCAGUUCAGCAUGUGGCCAACAAGACAUUCAACAGUGGGCACACAAACAAUCAUGAGCCAGACUGCAAUGCAAAUGAAGCCCAGUGGCAGGUUCCUGUUGCAACCUCAGAUGCCCAAGGAGCUUAUGAUGGAGCCUGGAUUGGGUUCCAGUCUGAUGCACCUGCAUCAUCUUCCCAGCAUCCGGUCAUCAGCAGGAUCUGGUGGGGCAGGUGGUGGUGGGAAACUUGACCUGCCAACUCAAAUCUGGCGCCUGUUUCAACGUGGCAAGUUCUGUGAUUUCACUGUCUACACCAACAACACUGACAGUCACAGGUGCCACAAGGCAGUGUUGUGCUUGCUCUCAGACUAUUUCCAGGACCUGUUGCUCAUGGGGACAAGACAAGAAGGACUUCCUCACCCUGCUGCUGCUGCUUUAGCAGGAGAUGAAUCAAGAAUCAGUCUGGACCAGGAUGGGCGGAUUGUCGUUGCCCUCGCCGAUUCGGUCAACAUCAUAGAGGAGACGUCCGGAUUUGGAGAUGAAGAAGAAGAGGAGGAAGAAGAAGAACAUGGCCGAGAACUGAAGAAACUGGAUGAUUCCGUAUUUUCAUCAGGAGGAGGAGGUCAGGACAUGCAGCAGCAACAGCACCACAUCAUUAAGCUCGGCCCCCAGUUCAGCAUGUGGCCAACAAGACAUUCAACAGUGGGCACACAAACAAUCAUGAGCCAGACUGCAAUGCAAAUGAAGCCCAGUGGCAGGUUCCUGCUGCAACCUCAGAUGCCCAAUGAGCUUAUGAUGGAGCCUGGAUUGGGUUCCAGUCUGAUGCACCUGCAUCAUCUUCCCAGCAUCCGGUCAUCAGCAGGAUCUGGUGGGGCAAGUGGUGGUGGGAAACUUGACCUGCCAACUCAAAUCUGGCGCCUGUUUCAACGCGGCAAGUUCUGCGAUUUCACUGUCUACACCAACAACACUGACAGUCACAGGUGCCACAAGGCCGUCUUGUGCUUGCUCUCAGACUAUUUCCAGGACCUAUUGCUUAUGGGGGCAAGACAAGAAGGACUUCCUCACCCUGCUGCUGCUGCUUUAGCAGGAGAUGAAUCAAGAAUCAGUCUGGACCAGAGCUGGAUGUCCACUGAAAUGUUCAGAGCAUUCCUGGGUUGGUGUUAUGCUGCAGAUGCGGAGGAAGCUGCACACUUGAUAAAUGAAGAGAGUGUGGCCUGUUUGUCGGAAUGUUUUUCAUUCCACCACGCACUCAUAAAAAACACAGAGUUGAAGCAGCAGUGCUACCAGUUCAUCUCGACGGUGACUCAUCAUGAGGCCAGUGGGACAGUGCAGCAGCAGCAGGUCCCAAAGGUGACAACGUUGACUGGCCCUCAGCAGCAGCAGCAGCCGCCGACACGACACCCUGUAUUGGGAAAAUGGACUCCCCCGGAAAACAAGGAGACCAUAAUCACUAGUGGCAGUGGCCAUCAUCAUCAGCAGGGGUACCUGAUGGGUCAACAGGACACGGAUGAUCCUUAUUGUCGUCAUCGUUACAAUAAGGCCCAAAUAACGAGGCAGCAGCAGUUGCCCUGUCCUCCUGACGAUAAUAUCGACCCACCAGAAUUAUUGCCAAUGAUGACGAGUUAUUAUCGAGAUGAGCGAGCGAAUCUGGCUGACGGUACUUGUGGGAAUAACAGCUGUUGCUGGAGACCCGGCUUGAAUGCAGCAGCAGCAGCAGCCCCGAAAAUCUUCAGCAGAGACGAGGGAGACAAUGGCAACAAGCCUCCAAAAUGGAUGCACAGGAAUAAGUCAACUCAUCCAGGCUGUGGCCCAUGCUGCAGCCAUCAGCAGCAAAAAGUUGGCCAGCACAUCCUUGGCUUCUGCAGGCAGCACCACCAGCAGCACAGCAGCACCAGGAAAAACAACUUCAACAACAACACCAGCAGCAUUCAUCUCCAGCAGGCACAAUUUAUCACAGCGCCUCCUCAGGUGUGA